AUGAAAAUUAUAAAGCUCGGCAUAGCUCUUCUUCUUAUUAUAAACUGCAUAGUUUGUUUAUUUUUAUUUGCAGAAAUUGAGCCUUCUCGCACUAUGUUCCGAGGCUACUCAAUGAAGUCUCUCCGCUAUGAAAAUGCUCCUAAACUUCCAUUGUACUCCUCUCCAGCAUGGCAAGAUUACAUGUCACGAACUUCGUUUUACGAAGAAUAUCAAGGAAUUCUCGAUGAUGAUGAGUAUUGUAACAAAGUAUCUAAUUCUCACUCUAAGCGUUUAAUAAAUUUAUAUAAUUUUAUAAAAACAUCUUUUUUAAACUUAAUAUUUUAAAUUUGAAGUUAAUAAUUAGGUUAUUAUGGUAAAUGCCAAAAUAUUUAUUUAGAAAAAGUUUUAUAUUAUAAAUACUUUUUAUUCGCUAAUUGUGCGUGAAGAGAGAUCUAAUCUUUCAGCAAUUUUAAGAUUUUUCCUAUAGUUUGCUCAUUUCUGAGUAUGGGAAUAAGUAUCAAAAAGAGAAUCCAGUUACUUUUGAUGAAAGAGGGCUUCCUACUAAAAAGUAUCGUGUCGCAUUUUCUGAUUAUCGAAAUGGGAACUUGGUGAAGGAUGUUUUAAAAAGAUAUGGAAACUUAGUAUUACAAAGGCAUACAAUAGAAAAAUAUACCGAAGGUCCUAAUGAGUAUUUGACUCCUAAUAUUAAUCUAUUCUUUGAGAAAACACCAGGCUGGCAUCUAAAACAUAAGAUUGGGACCCAUUUUCUAUGUGAAGGGCAAAUGUAUAACCAUAUUCCUGGGCAUGAGCAUAUGAUAAAUAAAGAUGAAGCUGCAAGAAACGCCAAAGAAUAUGGGGAAUAUUAUGCUGAUAGGAAACAAUGCUUUGAUCCAUGGACAUUUAUGCCAUACACACUAGAUUUGAGCAAUGAAGUGGAAUGCAGAGAAUUUAUCGAUGGUUUAAUCUCUGAAACUGACAAGAGCGCUAUAAAAUGAAUAAAAAAGAAAAGCAGAAAUAGCCACAAUGCCGAAGGAGUAAGAGUUGUAAACGAAAAAGUUGCAGAGGAAAUCCUGAAAGAAUAUGGGUAUGGAGAUAAAUGUGGGCUUAUUGAAGACCAAUUUAUUGUCCAGAGAUAUGUGCCUGACCCAUUGUUAAUUAAAGGAAGAAAAUUCGAUUUCAGAAUUUACAUGCUUAUUGCAAGUGUUGAUCCUCUAGUAAUCUUAUAUCAUGAUGGAUUUUUAAGAGUAUCAGUUGCACAGUAUGACCAGUCCGCAAAAGAAUCUGGAGCUCAUAUCACUAACACAGCUCUUGUCAAAGAAAUGCUUGAAGAGCGUAAUGCAACGCAAGCUGAAUAUGAAGAAGUAAUGAAAGACCAAAUGUGGACUUUUCCUCAGUUUCUCAGCUAUAUGCAAAGCCAAGGACUUGUUGAAGGGGACUGGAUAAACGAUUAUGUUCGCCCCACAAUGAGACUGAAAAUGCUUCAUUUAGUGAGAAUGAAUAUUGAGAGAUUUUUGUGGCAUCCAAGAGUAUUUGAACUGUAUGGAGUUGAUUUUAUGUUUGAUUCAAAGCUUCAUCUAUGAUUUCUAGAAGUAAAUAGAAGCCCAGCAAUGCAGGCAACUACAGAAGAAAAAGGAAGGAUCCAAGAAAGGUUAAUUAAAGAGACAAUUGACUUAGAAUAUGCACUGCUAUAUAAAGCUGAUUUUGAUAUGAUUUUGAAGGGUACAGGAUUUAUAAAGGUUUUUGAUGGAAGAUUAAAUGGAAUGGAACGGUAUCAAGGGCUGCUGAGUGAAGAAUGCACAUAA